GAAAGAAACAAUUUUUGCUGAGAAAAUGGCUGACACAAGAUCAGCAAUAUAUAUACAUCAUGUGCAACUCAACAGCCAAGCCCAAGCACUGUCAUUAGAAUAGACUCCAAUGCUUAGAACAUGAUACCUAAACCAAACACAGCAAAAAGCACCACACAAUUUCACCUAACCCUGUAUUUGCCCUUUGGAGGCACUCAAUUAGUUAUAAUAUAUACACUGAAGGCUGAAGCUGCACAAGCAAAAGAGGCUACUGACUACUAGCACCAAGUAGAGUUCGCCAUCUCAAGACUCACCACCAAACGAAAUUGAUGCAUGCUACAAUAUUGUGGUGAUUUAUGAUCUUCCAUUUAACAAGAUGAGAGAAAAAAAAAAGAGAUGGGCAGGAAGCCAAACAGAAGCCACGGCAAAUAAUUGAUGAUCAGUUUCAAAAGGACUGCAGGUAAUGGUGGCACCAUGUUGAAAAACGUUCUGAUGAUGGUAGGCUUCAUCUUCACCUCCAUAUAUACAUACCAACACUCAGACAUUGCAUCCCUUGUUAUGGAUGGCCCAAGAGUCAGUGUUCAGGUUACUUGAUUAGCAAUAAGCCUGGACCACUUGUAUUAGAGAGUGCACAAUAAAAGAGGGAGCUACGCUCUGCACUGCAGCUUUCUGAAGAAGAAUGAAGCCAGAAGCCACCCCCAAGAUGACGGUUCUCAGUUCUCCGAUUGGACUGAGGAGCUUCCUCAACUCCCUAGUUGCCUUCUCCAUCAUCGUCAGCUCCGUCACCUUCUUGUUCCACCAAGGCCAAGAAGGACAGGUGCCAAAGGCGAUCAAGCAUGAACACCAAGAAAUGCAGGUGCAGGUGGCAGCUGAGCACCAUGAACAACUGAGAGCGAAGGAAGCACAGGUGCAAUUGACAACUGAGAUCCCAGAUGCCAGUAAGGAGGAGUGCAACUGGUCAACGGGACGGUGGGUCUACGACGACGUGUCCCGGCCGUUGUAUUCUGGACUCAAGUGCGCCUUCAUCUUCCCUGAGUUGUCUUGCGACGAAUAUGGCAGGAAGGAUGUCAUGUACCAGCACUGGAGAUGGCAACCUCAUGCAUGCGACCUUCCUAGAUUCAAUGCCACUAGGCUGCUUGAAAAGCUGAGAAACAAGAGAUUGGUGUUUGUGGGCGACUCACUCAACAGGAACCAAUGGGUUUCCCUGGUGUGUAUGGUGGAGGCCUCUAUACCUGAUGACAGGCUCAAGAUGCGUGUCUUCAAUGGCUCACUCAUCUCCUUCAAGGCAUUUGAAUACAAUGCAACAAUAGACUUCUACUGGUCACCGCUGCUGGUGGAGUCCAACAGCGAUGACCCCAUUAUUCACCGGGUGGAGUAUCGGAUCAUAAGGGCAGACAGAAUUGAGAAGCAUGCCAAUGCCUGGAGGGAUGCUGACAUCAUUAUCUUCAAUUCUUACGUGUGGUGGAGGAAGCAUAAGCCUGACAUGAGGAUGAAGGUCAUGUAUGGCUCAUUUGAGGAAGGUGAUGCAAGGUUAGAGGAAGUGGAGAUGAUGGAUGGUUUCGAGAUAGCUCUCAAGAAACUAACCGAAUGGCUGGGAGAGAACAUAGACAAGAAGAAGACUAGAAUCUUUUUCGCAGGAUCAUCGCCUACACAUUCCUGGGCUAGCAACUGGGGUGGAGUGGACAGGAACAAAUGCCUUAAUGAGACAGAACCUAUCUACAAAGUUGGAUACAAGGCAGCAGGUACAGACUACAGUAUGAUGGAGAAGGCUAUGUCGUAUUUUGGGACACUGGAGCAGAAGGGCAUACACGUCGAGAUACUGAAUAUCACGGAGUUGUCUGAUUACCGUAAGGACGGGCACCCGACGGUGUUCAGGAGACAGUUUGCCCCUCUGACAAAAGAACAGAUGGCGAACCCAGCCAGCUACGCGGAUUGCACGCACUGGUGCCUCCCGGGUGUUCCUGAUGUCUGGAAUGAGUUCUUGUACGGCUACCUCAUGUACAAAUGACAUGCUGUGUGGGUCACUCAGAGUUGUACUGCUCCCUCUGUGGCUCUGUUCCAAAUUAUUUGUUCAGAUAACUUUCACUUGAGACAAAAAUUCAUUCAGAGUCCAGGCAGGCAGUCAAGCAAGCAAGAAGAUCAAAACGUAUCAGUGGAUUGAACGAGAAUGGGAACCUGAGCAGUAAGGUUUGGUCGUCGCCGGCUCGCCGCGCGCGGCAGGCAGCAGCAUACUUCACCGCGGAGGCAGCCAGGCAGUUCGACACUUCGAUCCCGACCCUCGAGGCCUCGACGCCAUCGCUGCGUGCAGCAGAACGCCGUUGCAGCUCACAUCCAGACGCGCUGCCAUGCAACAUGGGAAGCCGCAUACCAUCCCUGUCCGCCGCUUCGGGAGGCUGCUGAUUCACCGCCGGUGUUGACGAGGGACGGAGGGAGGGAGACAGGCGGCGGCGAUAGAGAUGGGGGGGAAUUCAGAGAGAGAGAGAGAGAGAGAGAGGCCAUGGCCCAUGGGAAGAAGGGAGGCAGGCCCCCUGCGGGCCUCGAUUCCAGUGGGCUGGCCCAUGUAGGCUUUCUAGCAAUCUCCCACAUUUUUGCUGCGAGCCCACACACAACAGCAAUCCAGACAUAUCCCUUUGGCCUUGCUUUGUAACAAACACGAAUGCAGAUGUGUCUCAUUCUAGUCAUAGUCUCGUAGA